CCUCAUAAACUGUCCCCACCUCCUGACGUACAAUGAAUGCGAAACAAAAAGGUCACGUUUUUCUGCCGCGCAACGCUUCUUCACGCGUCCCACGCUCAGCUGAGUCGCUAGGAAACGGUACCGACGUUCGCACUCCACGCCUGCUCAUCUUCUCUCUUCUGGGUGUUUCGAGUUCCGUCGAAUAGAGCAGCGAAGAGCGAUGGCGGGUGAGAAUGGGGAGGUGGUGAGGAACAAGCAAGUGAUAUUCAAGGGCUACGUGAGUGGUUUCCCCAAGGAGACGGACAUGGAGGUGCGCGAAUCGACCAUGAAGUUGCGUCUCCCGGAGGGAUCGAACGGCCUCCUUGUGAAAAAUCUCUACUUGUCCUGCGAUCCUUACAUGAGGACCCGCAUGGCGAAGCUCGAUUUCCUGACUUAUGUCGAUUCCUUCAGACCUGGUUCGCCUAUUACUGGAUAUGGAGUAGCUAGAGUUUUGGAAUCUGGGCAUCCAAACUUCAAGAAAGGCAACUUGCUUUGGGGAAUCACUGGAUGGGAGGAGUAUAGUCUAAUUACUGCGCCGGAGACUUGCUUUAAGAUUGAACACACCGAUGUUCCUCUGUCCUACUAUACUGGCCUUCUGGGUAUGCCAGGCAUGACGGCUUAUGUCGGGUUUUUCGAGGUAUGCUCUCCAAAGAAAGGGGAGACUGUUUUCAUAUCGGCGGCGGCGGGAGCCGUAGGUCAGCUUGUUGGCCAGUUUGCUAAGUUGUUUGGUUGUUAUGUUGUUGGCAGUGCCGGUAGCAGAGAGAAGGUUGAUUUGCUGAAGAACAAGCUUGGAUUCAACGAUGCUUUCAACUACAAGGAGGAACCGGAUCUGGAUGCAGCACUGAAAAGAUGCUUACCCGAGGGGAUCGAUAUCUACUUCGAAAAUGUCGGUGGAAAGAUGCUUGAUGCGGUGCUGCUCAGCAUGAAAAUUCAUGGCCGAAUCGCAGCAUGUGGAAUGAUCUCACAGUACAACCUCCAGCAGCCCGAAGGCGUACACAACUUGAUGAACGUUGUGUUUAAGGGGAUUCGAAUGCAAGGUUUCUUGGUGUUCGACUACUAUCAUCUCUACCCGAAGUUCCUGGAGAAGGUUUUGCCUCAGAUAAAAGAGGGAAAGAUUGUGUACGUGGAAGACACCGUUGAAGGGCUCGAGAACGGUCCGGCAGCUCUCGUCGGGCUGUUCUCCGGCCGCAAUGUCGGGAAACAAGUGGUAGUGGUUUCUCGCGAGUGAGUCAGCUUUAUGUGAUCGAAAUGUGUCUUCUUGUACUGUGUCGUUGCUUUUACAUAAGACUGGUUUGACAUACUAAAUUGUUACGAUUAAUGCAGAAUAUGCAUGAACAAAUA